CAAGAUGAACAAGACGAUCAAGACCGCCGUUUAGUUAGACCUUUGGCGCCUUCAGAAAUUAUCUACAGACACUGGAACGGCUGUUUUCCACAUCAAAGUUUAUAAUAAUAGGGAACGCGCAAAAUUUGUUUACUACAUUGUUACAAAUCUAGACCACGUGUUGCAAAUUGUUAACAUUUUAUCUUUCACAUUCUUAACCUAGCUGAACACAGAUACAGUUUUCUUCUGAAUGGAGAAAUUUUUUGCAGACAUGUUCUGGUGAAAACCAUGCACCGCUACAAUAUUUGGUGAAUUGGCAACAAUGGAUCGUAUAUCAAAAUUCCUAUGUCAAUUCUUUUGAGCAUGUGAGUGUGUGAAAGAAAGGGGUAUGUAUCAUUGUUGUCAGAAAAAUUAGUACUGCUGAGAAAUAAGGAUGUCUGGACACGAAGUUAGUGAUGACGAUCAAUCACAACACUUGCAGUUCUCAUCUGCCACGCUGUACGACGAAAGCAUAGAUGUGGUGGAUGCAGAAGAGGUGGAGAGCCCAACAUCCAAUAGUAUCAAAGAUAGAGAUAUAGACAGUUUCCAGGAUAAACAAACAGAUUAUGACAAGGCCAUGGCAGGGCCUUCCAAUGAUGUGGCAAUAAUGGGAAUCCAACAUCCAGGAUCAUCACAUAUUUCAGCACGCCAUCGCAUCACGCACCAAUCCCCAGUGUUCAGGUAUAACAGUGAUGAUGACGAUGAUAAUGACGAUGAUGACGAUGAUGUUGAUGUACAAGCUGCAAUACUGGAGGGGACGUAUGAUCCAAAUGAAUUCAGCCACCUGCCAGUAUCAGCAGAGGUGAAGGACAUGUUCCAGAAUAUCACACGCUACACACCACAGAACAUGGAACUGGACUACAAGCUGCGACCAUUUAUUCCUGACUUUAUACCAGCCGUUGGGGACAUUGAUGCAUUCCUCAAGAUUCCUCGCCCAGAUGGGAAAAGUGACAGCAUUGGACUCACAGUACUGGAUGAACCAUGUGCGAAGCAGAGUGAGCCAGCAGUGCUUCAUCUUCAGUUGCGAGCUGUUGCCAAACAGAGUUCUGCAAAGGCUGUGGUUGUGAAGAAAGUGGAUUGCGCAGAGAAGAAUACAAAAGCUAUUGACCGAUGGAUCAAGGACAUCAGUGAUCUACAUCGCAGCAAACCCCCACCCACAGUCCACUAUUCAAAACCAAUGCCAGACAUAGACAGCUUGAUGCAAGAGUGGCCUGCUGAUGUGGAACAACAGCUGCAGGAAACUGGUUUGCCUGUUGCUGACCUUGACUGUGCUCUUCCCCGUUAUGUGGACAUUGUGUGUAGUCUGUUUGACAUCCCAGUGUAUGAAUCGAGGAUUCAGUCUCUCCAUGUUCUUUUCAUGCUCUACUCAGCUGUCAAGAGCUCUCAGUACAUCAGUUCCAGACCAGAAGGGAAUGCUGAUACAGAAGAAUAAUGAUCUAGUCACAAGUCUCAACCAUAUCUUAAGUCACACAGUUCACACAGUUUGACAUGACACUGUCAUGUGAUGUAUAUGUAAAUAUGAUUGUAAUAAAGGCACUCUGUACAUAUUGAUA